CCCGAGCCGCAGACGCAAACGGGGCGGUGGCCCCGGUUAAAGGGGAAACUUGACAGCGCCGCCGCCAGCUCCGCUCCGCGCCCGCUCCGCCGCCAGCGCGCUCUGCUCCGCAGCGAUCUCUGCCCUCCUCCACCGCCAAGAUGCUGCUCUUGCUGCUGGGGAUCAUCGUGCUCCACGUCACCGUGCUGGUGCUGCUCUUCGUCUCCACCAUCGUCAGUCAAUGGCUGGUGAACGGCGACCGCACGGCAGACCUGUGGCAGAACUGCAGCACCGGAGAAGUCUUCCACUGCCUGUCAUCCUCCUCCAACGAAUGGCUGCAGUCUGUCCAAGCCAUGAUGAUCCUCUCCGUCAUCUUCAGCGUCCUGUCGCUGUUCCUGUUCUUCUGCCAGCUCUUCACGCUCACCAAGGGCGGCCGGUUCUACAUCACCGGAAUCUUCCAGAUCCUGGCGGGGCUGUGUGUGAUGAGCGGCGCUGCCAUCUUCACAGUGAGGCACACGGACUGGCACCAAGCCUCGGAAAACUCCUCCUACGGCUUCGCCUACAUCCUGGCGUGGCUGGCCUUCCCCCUGGCCCUGGCCAGCGGCAUCGUCUACGUCAUCCUGCGGAAGCGCGAGUGACGCCGCGGGACGUGGCCUGGCCUGGCAGGGGCAUUCCCGGCGUCCCCACGGGAGACGGAGGAGAAUAGAUGAGAAAACGGAAAAGAAAAUUAACCAAAAACCAACCAAACAAACAAAAAAAAAAAAAAAAAAAAUGAAUAAGCCCUCCCACCCAAACCAAACCCAACCGACCCCCAGAGGAAACUCUCAAAGGGUUCCUUGUUAAUUGAAGAUGUAUAUAGUAUCUAUGGUUUAAAAAACCUAUUUAUAACACUUUUUACAUAUAUGUACAUAGUCUUGUUUGCUUCUGUUGACCAUGCGCUGUUUUAAAGCCUGAAGCAAGUGCCUAAGGACCUCUCACUCCUAACAGUGUAACGAGAGCGCAGUGAUUUUUCCCCCGUGCACAAUCCUCUCUGAGCUGAACUCCCCUGCCCUGCCCCGGCCCGUCAGAGCCCCCAGCCCCGCUUUUAGGCUGGCGUGGAUCGGUCACGCCUGGUUCCGCAGCCAGGGCUGGGCCCUGCUCCUGCCACACGCUGUGAUCCAGAGGGCACGUCCAGAUCUGACGGGAGACGCCUCCGAAAGGUUUGAAGGAUUUCGGAGCAAAGGCUUUGAUUGCCCCAAGUGCCUAAAUGACUUAUGUGCCUAAGUCCCGCUGCCCUGCCACCACAGCCGCUGGGAAUUUGGGCUUUUAAAUCACUUAGGCGGAGCUGCAGCGCAGCCCGGGCUGGGGCCGGGCUGUGCCGGGCGCUGGGAAGAGCUGCUCCCAGCCUGGAGCGUGCUCUGUCCCUGCCGCGGAGCCGAAGUGCCCCGGGAAAGCGGCAGCCCAGUCUGCCCCUGAAACCCAGCCCCAGGUGUACGAAAUGGUGCUAUCUAUUUACCAUUCCUUAUCCCGCUAAGCCACUUAACCUUAGUCACUGGAAAUUCACUUAACGACCUUGAGGUAAACAACCAAGCUAGAAAUGAGAAAUAAUUCUGUGUAAUAUAAACGAGCUAUAACCGCUUUUGUACUUAGAUUUGCUCUUACUAUUAUUUUUAAUAAAGCAUUUAUAACCAAGGUUCCUUUUUCCCCUCCGUGGUGCAGAGGAACAGAAGCAGCUCUGGCUGGAGCCCAUGGGGCUCUGGCACCGGAGCGAGGUGUGAGUCCUCUGUCUGUCAGCAACGAGUCUGGCCAUGAAUGGAGCAGGCACCAGCACAGGCCCCAGGCUGCCUCUGAGGACUCCAGACACUGUUGCUUUCUUUGGUUAAUUUUGGGGUUUUUUGGGGUUCUACUUUUUUUUUCCUUGCUUUGCUUUUCUGAUUUUAUACCGACUGUGUGGACUAAGAAGCAAUGAAAUAAAAGUCAGAAUAACUCA